AUGAGAAUAUAUCAUGAUCCUAAAGGAAAUUUUGAGCAUGAAUUUGAAUUUUGUGAAUUAUUUAUCGAACCAAGCGGGUUCGUUUGCCCAUUUGAAAAAGGAAACUUUGACUUUGCUGCAACCUUGCUUAUAGAGAAAUAUGAUUCUAAUGAACCAAAGAAUAUUGUAACUCCAAUUUAUACAAGAGUCACCA